CGCAGAAGGCGACGCGUGUGAGAGAAUCCUGGCAGAGUAAGUUCCUAAAAAUCCUGUUAAACAUCCUCAAUAAGUUGUUGUGUUCUCUGUUGUGAUGCUUUAUCAGUCACCUUCUCACAGUUUGAACGCCACUUUCACUUCACGUCUGGGCUCUGUGGUCGCCCCAUUUGUCGUAGGUGGAUGGAUGAAUAAUAAAAGAGAAGGUCAGAAGGAUUUAAAGGGUAAAUAUGAUCAACAUGACGGCAUCUGGGGCGAUGAUAGCUUUGCUCAAGGACGAGGCGGCUUCAUUCAUUCUUCUCGCCUCGCCUGUCCCAGGUAGUGUUUCGGUCAAGGCCUGGGGGGCAACUCCAGUAAGUCAUUUUAAGUGGCCCAUAUGAGCGUUACAUGUUUGUGACUCGGAAAAAAAAGAGGUCUUUUUAAAGCAGCAUUUUUUUAGUUCAAUAUUUAAGCAAGUCUGAAGCUGUAGCCUCCUCAGCAGGGAGGGAUACAAACAUAUUGGGGCAAGCCAAGUGGAAGCCUAAGCAGCGGGAGCGCGCAUAUUCUUUUUUUUUCCAGCAGCGCGAGAGAGAGUUUGUGGAGACGGAGGAGAAAGGACUACAUGAAGGACGAGUGUGCGGCCAGUACGCGUCCAAAAUGACCCGGGGACCCCGCGAUCUGACAGUAAAAAAGGCCAUGAAGCUGUCUGGGUGUGAGUUUUGAACCGGCGAUCUGAAGCGGAGACGAGUUUGGAGGACUCCGAAGUCGUCUCGGACGGAUUGAAGAAGUGUGCAGGAUGCAGGGGGUUUCGGCUGACCUCCCUGCCGCCUCUCUGCAGUACCAGUGUGGAUCGGUGGACUACCUGUGCUCCCCACGGCUGGUGGAAAAAGCUGCUCAACUCCCUCGACCAUGUCAGGAAAAGCCCGCGCUCAAACCCCGGCCCCAGCCGUCCACCUCUCCCAGACCGCCAACUUCACAGAAACCUCAAGUGCCCCCUAAACCGGCGCACCUGCUGGCUCUUGGGCAAGACAAGAAGCCGAAAAGGAUCCCGCCGGCGCCCUCGAGGCCUUUGCCAGCGCCCCCGCCGCCACCUAAACCCAAGCCCACUGUUGUGCCCACAAGUCCUGGAGCUCAACCGCAGAGAGAAGCCCAGAAAGUGGGUCUGCUCAUCGAGAAGUUUGAGAACUCCAGGGUGCCUAUUUUGGGGGUUCUGCCAAGGUCCCAGCUGCACCUGUGUCUUAAAAUGGACGCUGCAUCGGACAUGACCUCCUCCACUCUGGACAUCUCUAAAGUAGAACCCAGCACUGUGGACAAGCUCGCUCUUGGAACCCCCGAGGUGUCGGACAAUGUGUCCGAACUCUCCUGUCUCUCCUCUGUGCACCUGGACGGCUCGGACGACGUCACGGACGACUGCGCAGACGUGGACAUCACGCACAGUGUGGGCUGUCUGGACGACGUGGAGCGGGAAGACGGCUCCUCCAGUGAGCUCAAUCCGGACUCCUCUGAGCAGAUCAAGAUCCCCAACCGGGACAGCGGCAUUGACAGUCCGUCGUGCACCGCGGAAGGAGAGGUGUUUCCCAAUGAGGACGCCAUCGACGAGGAGGAUCAUUACGACAGCGUGACGGAGACGGAGAGCGUGUCCUGCUGCGUCACGCUGAGCAACAAACGGGACUCCACUCAGGACGAGGACAGUGACUUGGAUGAGGGCAGCGGUGGAGAGAUCAACUCCCUGACUGACACUCAAGUGUUUCUGCCAGACACACUCCCAGAGGCUCACAAGUGCUCGGAGACGCAGAAACUCCUGAACAUCGCCAAAGAACUACUCCACACGGAGGAAGCCUACAUCAGACGCCUUGACCUCCUUGACCAGGUAUUUUGCACUAAGCUCACCGAAGCUGGAAUCCCUCAGGACGUCAUCACAGGGAUCUUCUCCAACAUCUCCUCCAUCUACUGCUUCCAUGACAAGUUUCUACUUCCUGAGCUCAAGAUCCGGAUCACAGAAGAAUGGAACUCCAACCCUCGAAUUGGAGACAUCCUCCAGAAGCUGGCGCCCUUCAUGAAGAUGUACGGGGAGUAUGUGAAGAACUUUGACCGGGCCAUGGAUCUGGUCAGCACCUGGACCCAGAGAUCGUCUCAGUUCAAAAGUGUGGUCCAGAAUAUACAGAAGCAAGACGUGUGUGGGAACCUGACGCUGCAGCACCACAUGCUGGAGCCGGUCCAAAGGAUUCCUCGGUAUGAGCUGCUGCUCAAAGACUAUCUGAGGAAGCUGCCUGAAGAUGCGCUGGACCGAAAAGAUGCAGAGAAGGCUCUGGAGCUGAUCUCCACAGCUGCCAAUCAUUCCAACGCUGCCAUCAAGAAGAUGGAGAAGAUGCACAAGCUGCUGGAGGUGCACGAGCGGCUCGGGGGAGAGGAGGACAUUGUCAACCCGGCCAAUGAGCUCAUCAAAGAGGGGCAUAUCAAAAAGAUGUCUGCCAAAAACGGCACCGCACAAGACCGAUACCUCUACCUGUUCAACAACAUGGUGCUAUACUGUGUGCCUAAGCUGCGACUCAUGGGUCAGAAGUUCAGCGUGAGAGAGCGGAUCAACAUCGCUGGGAUGGAGGUGCAGGAGAACGUCAAGCAAAAUCUUCCACACACAUUUGCCAUCAUUGGGAAACAGCGCUCACUGGAGCUGCAGGCCAGGACGGCAGAGGAGAAGGAAGACUGGAUCCAGGUCAUCUUGUCCACUAUCGAGCGACACAAGCAGAACAGCGAGACCUUCAAUAAAGCUUUCAACAGCUCCUUCUCCCGGGAGGAUGACCAUCCGCCGGAGUCACCGGGUCUGUGGUCAAACACGUCUAUGGACUCAGAUGGUGAACGACUGCAUGAAAGAAAAAGCUCGAGGAAAAAGGACAAGCAGACGUGUAAAGGCUGCAGCGAGAGCUUCAAUUUCACCAAACGUAAACACCACUGCAAGUCCUGUGGAGCGGCCAUCUGCGCGAAAUGCUCCAAGACGUUAGACAAGACGAGUCGCGUGUGUCCGGAGUGCUUUGAGGCGAGUCUCAGUCUGGAGAGUAACAGCGCCGGAGAGCAGAGGAAGAAAGCUGCACCGGAGAGACAAGCGUCUCUGUCUGGAGAGAACUGCCUCCUCUGCGGUCACCUACAAGUCCAAGACAAAGGCAAGAGCUGGACGAAGGUGUGGGCAGCUAUGACCAAGGCGGAGCCGCUGGUGCUGUACCUGCAGAACAGUGGACAGGAGCUGAAAGGUGCUCGCGCGGUGCCUCUCCCAGGGUUCGAGGUCAGCGUGGUGCCACCGUCCAGCGAGAGGUCAGAGGUCAGACACGUGCUCCGGCUCAGUAACACCCAGCAAACUUUACUUCUAAGUGCCCCGGACGCCGAUCUGCAGGCCAAGUGGCUGGACUUUCUCUCCAAAGCUGCCCGAGCUGAAACCCCCGCUGAUCCCCCGAAUCUGUCUGAGCACAGGAAGAGCCAGUAGUGUCUGAAGCCCCCCCCCCACCAUCUGCGAAGCCCCUUCCUUGUGUACAGAGCACACAUUACUUGAAUUCACAUUGACCUUGGCACUUUUUUUACCUUCCACUUCAGCCAGCUUCCUCCGUCUCCUUGCUCUGUCUAAAAGAAAUGAAGGACGGCGCCACCUUGUGGGAUUAUUUUAUUCCUCUCAGUGUUCCCCACUGAGAACCACAGAUUUACUUGUAAAAUAUCUUUUUUUUAAGAUCCUUGUACAUUGUGAAGCAUUAACUCGAUGUGUGUGUGUGUGUGUGUGUGUGUGUGAGAGAGUGUGUUAAGUAUUGAUCAAAUGUGUGUGUAAAAGCCUCCUCCUGCAGUCUCUGCAGUUCUUGUACAGUUUGUAAACUACAAUUAAGUCGAAGUAAAAAAAAAGUACAUUUUAACUUAAAGAGACACCGACGUGUCGACUUGUGGCUGGCCACCUGACGCUCCCACUAUGGAAUAUCUAUCCUCACCGUGUUUAUAAGUGAUAUCGUCCUCUGCUUUUAUUGUCAUUUCCUUUAGGUCCAGCCGGAGUUUCUCUAUACUUAAACACACGCUUAGUAUAUUUCCGAGCUUCUGUCCUGUCUGAAACAAAGUACUGUACGAUCUGCCUUGACCUUUGCCCCCCAGGUUCCUACAAGCACCAGCUGAAAUAGCAAAAAAUGCAUGUAAACUCACCCAUAUUUAUGUACUGUAUUAUGACCCAAGUUCCCCUCUGAGCUUUUCUAUCUUCCCCGAAUCUUGUGAGCAGUAUUCAGUGUGUUGGAUUGUGACGGCGGUGAAAGCAUAUCAUCAUCAAUAAACCGACAGCGUGGUCCUCCCGGCACCAUGAUGUCCAACCAGUACUGUUUUAUUAUUGUAU